AUGAAGAUUAUUAUAUAUUUUUGCAUUUGGGCGGCAGCAUGGGCCAUUCCAGUUCCUCAAAUCAAGACAUUGGAGAGACAUCCUGUUGACAAAUCUAUGAAUUUAAAUCUUCUAGCAAAAUCAAAUGUGCCAAUACAGGAUGAGGUAAAUGUCAACGACACUACAAAAGAAAGUGUCCCUAUACUUGACAGUGAUAGAGAAAAGCAACAGUAUAUUAAAAAUGGCUACAGACAAGGGAGAAAUGGCUUGGAGUGGGUAGAAGUAGGAGAGAAAGGUUCUUCCACAAAUUCUAUGUUAGCAAAUGAAGUGGGGAAUACUGAGCAUCAAAAUGGGGGCACAGAAAAUCCAGAAACAUAUGGCCAUGAUGGGAUACAGAGACAAGAAGAAAGUACCGCAGCAAAUAGCAUCAGGGGACAAAUAAGAGUCACCAACACUGAUAGAGCAGCAAAUGGGAACAAUAUUAAUGGAAAUACAGACAAGAAUUCAAAAAAUGGGGAUGCUGGAGACAUAAGUAAGAGCGAGGAUGCCAGUGUUGUCCCAGAUGUUCCUCAAGUAGCUGGAAGCAGUAACAGUACAGAGCCUGAGGAUGAAGUAAAUGAGAAUUUCUGUAGAAAUGAGGGUAAUACGAGUGCAGUAACACCUCAGAGAGAAGGUGAGGGAAAUGGGAAUGAGGAGACAGGGGUAACACCAGGGGGAAGUGGAGCUGGCAAUAGAGAAGAUGCUGGACUGGAUAAUUCUGAUGGAAGUCCUAGUGGGGAUGGAGCCGGUGAGGAUGAAGACAAGGGCUCUGGUGAUAAUGAAGGUGAGGAAACAGGGAAUGGAAAAGAAGGCUCUGAUAAUGGCAGGGGCCAGGAUGGGCAGGGGCAUGAAGAAAACAAUGACAACAGUUUAGGUCAAAAUUCAAUUAGUAGUGAAGAUGACGACCUUCAGGACAAAGAAGAACCUCAUGACACAGAGGGAGACCAAGCCUCCAGAAGUGAGGAGGAUUCUGCCAGUAUUCCAGAGGACAAUGGUGGUCAAAGAACAGCAGACACUCCCCAGCCCAGUCACAGAGAAAACCCAGCUUUGGAUAACGGACUCACCCAAGAAUUAGAGCCAAGUGCUAUUGGGAAGAGCCAAGAUAAGGGAAUAGAAAUCAAAGAUCCCAGCAGUGGCAACAGAAACAAUAUUACCAAAGAAGCUGGGAAAGUCAACGUAGAUGAGGAGAGUAAAGGACAGCUUGGACUGACUGCUGGCAAAGGAAAUGUUAAGACGCAAGGAGAGGCUGACAACAUGCAAGGACCUGGUCAGAAAACAGAACCUGGAAACAUGGCAGGACACAGCAAAGCAGGUAGUGCCAGUAGUAGUAAUGGAUAUGACAGUUAUGAAUUUGAUGAUGAAUCCAUGCAAGGAGAUGAUCCCAAUAGCAGUGAUGAGUCUAAUGGCCAUGAUGAUGUCCCUUCUGAAAGUGACAGUGACAGCAGUAGCAGAGGAGAUGCUUCUUAUAACUCUGAUGAAUCAAAAGAUAAUGGCAAUGAUAGUGACUCAAAAGGAGGAGAUGAUGAUGACAAUGAAAGCACAUCAGAUGCUAGUGAUAGUGACAGUAAUAUCAAUGAUAACAAUGGGAGCCAUGACAAUGGCAAAUCAGAUAGCAGCAAAGAUAAAUCAGACAGUGACAGCAGUGACAGCAGUGACAGCAGUGACAGUAGUGACAGCAGUGAUAGCAGUGACAGCAGUGACAGCAGUGAUAGCAGUGACAGUAGUGACAGUAGUGAUAGCAGUGAUAGUAGUGACAGCAGUGACAGCAAAUCAGACAGCAGUGACAGCAAAUCAGACAGCAGUGAUAGCAGUGACAGCAGUGACAGUAGUGACAGCAGUGAUAGCAGUGAUAGUAGUGAUAGCAGUGACAGCAAAUCAGACAGCAGUGACAGCAGUGACAGCAGUGACAGUAGUGACAGUAGUGACAGCAGUGAUAGCAGUGAUAGUAGUGACAGCAGUGACAGCAAAUCAGACAGCAGUGAUAGCAGUGACAGCAGUGACAGCAGUGAUAGCAGUGAUAGCAGUGACAGCAGUGAUAGCAGUGAUAGUAGUGAUAGUAGUGACAGCAGUGAUAGCAGUGACAGCAGUGACAGCAGUGAUAGCAGUGAUAGUAGUGAUAGCAGUGACAGUAAAUCAGACAGCAGUGACAGCAGUGAUAGUAGUGACAGCAAAUCAGACAGUAGUGAUAGCAGUGACAGCAAGUCAGACAGCAGUGAUAGCAGUGACAGCAGUGACAGUAGCGACAGCAAGUCAGACAGCAGUGAUAGUAGUGACAACAGUAACAGCAAAUCAGAUAGCAGUGAUAGUAGUGACAGCAGUGACAGCAAAUCAGACAGCAGUGAUAGCAGUGACAGUAAUGACAGCAGUGACAGCAAAUCAGACAGCAGUGACAGCAGUGAUAGCAGUAACAGCAGUGAUAGUAGUGACAGCAGUGAUAGCAGUAACAGCAGUGAUAGCAGUGACAGCAGUGACAGUAGUGACAGCAGUGAUAGCAGUGACAGUAGUGACAGCAAAUCAGACAGUAGUGACAGCAGUGACAGCAGUGAUAGCAGCAACAGCAGUGAUAGCAGUGACAGCAGUGAUAGCAGUAACAGCAGUGACAGUAGUGACAGCAGUGACAGCAGUGAUAGCAGUGACAGUAGUGACAGCAGUGAUAGUAGUGACAGUAGUGACAGCAGUGACAGCAGUGACAGCAGUGAUAGCAGUGACAGUAGUGACAGCAGUGAUAGUAGUGACAGUAGUGACAGCAGUGAUAGCAGUGACAGCAGUGAUAGCAGUGACAGUAGUGACAGCAGUGAUAGUAGUGACAGUAGUGAUAGCAGUGACAGUAGUGACAGUAGUGACAGCAGUGACAGCAGUGAUAGCAGUGACAGUAGUGACAGCAGCGACAGUAAUGAAAGCAGUAACAAUGCAUCUGACAGCAGUGAUGGCAGUGCCAAUAAGAGCAAGUCUGGCAAUGGAAAGAGCAAUGGAAGUGACAGCAGUGAUAGUGAAGGCAGUGAUAGUCAUCACUCAACCAGUGAUGAUUAG